CCCCCCCGCGGGUAUAAAAAGCAGCCAAAUUUCUGAAACAAAUCACAGUCGCCGGUUGCAGUUCAGUUUUUCUCUGUGAGUGUUCAAAUCGAAAAAUUAGUGCAUAAAAUAUGAGUUUGGCCGGUAAAAAUGUUGUUUUCGUUGGUGGCUUGGGCUUCAUUGCUUAUGAAGCCUGCAAGUAUUUGAUGAACAAUGACUUGGCGUCGUUGUUCGUGUUCGACGUUUUGGACAAGCCUGAGGCUAUAAAAGCUUUGCAGGAAAUCAACCCAAAAACCAAAGUUUACUACACCAAAUUCGACAUCACCAACAAAGAGAGCAUAAAACAGUCACUGGCCGAUGUCAUUUCCAAAGUACAACAUAUUGACGCACUCAUCAACGGUGCCGGCAUCCUCACCGAUCCCAAUGUGGAGUUAACGAUGAACAUCAACUUGAUCGGUCUCAUCAACACAACACUCGAAGCGCUGCCACUUAUGGACAAGAAUAAGCACGGACGUGGUGGUGUGAUUGUUAACAUUGCCUCCGUGUUGGGUUUGGAACCAUGCCCACCAGCAGCUGUGUACUGCGCAUCGAAAUUCGGCGUAGUGGGUUUCUCGCGCUCGCUUGGGGAUCCCUUCUACUAUGAGCACACCGGCGUUGCUGUGGUCACAUUCUGUCCUGGUUUGACUGAUACGCCAUUGAAGAACAACAUUGGCAGCAAAUACACUUUUGACUAUUCCAAGGAGAUUGGUGAGAAACUAAACUCCUCUAAGACCCAAAAACCUGAAGUUUGCGGCGCUCACCUAGCGCAAGCGAUCGAGUUAAUGGACAACGGUGCCAUUUAUAUAAGCAACCAAGGCACAUUGACUAAAGUGAAGCCCAGCGUUUACUGGGAACCCACUUACUAGAGGCACUCGUGUGUGCGUAAUUUUAAUUGAAGUGACUUAAAUAUAAAAAGUGGUUAGAAACAAAUGUGAAAAAUAAUUUUAACUUUAUUUAUU